ACAAUAUUCAGGACACUGGUCGCAAGUUCUGGAAAAAUUCAAAAAAUCUCACCUUGAAGCUUGCCCUUCAAGCACACAGUCUCUUGUGCAAUAAGAGUAACCUGAGGCCGCCCAAGCACGCCGCAUGACCCCAGUUGCGAAGGCAGAACAGCGACACCAUUCGCGCCUUGUGCGAUAUUACAGCAAACCACUCGCAGCUCCACGAUAGUCACAAUGCGUCCCGCCACGAGGCUCCUCCAACACGCGUGUAGAAUCACACUUUUCACGCGAGAAAACUGUGGCCUCUGUACACAAGCCCGCGACGUGCUCUCCAACGUCUGGGACGUCCGGCAUUUCGAGUACACCGAGAUUGACAUCAUCAAGUCAGAGUCGAAGCACAGAUGGCGGGACUUGUACGAGUUUGACACGCCUGUAAUUCACGUAGCGAAGGCCAGUGCUCCCAAGGAACAUCCAGGGAUGGCGUCGCAGGCACUCAAGCUCAUGCACCGGUUCACCGAGGAAGAAGUCAAGGCCAAGAUGGAUGCUGCAGAGCAAUCGUAGCCUUACAUGAGGGUCUCAAACUUUCACGCAGACUCAAUUUCUUCACUUGAAACAAG